CUUUAAGCACUCCAUUUGAACAAACACAGUUAUAAAAAUUAAAAAAAAAUCUAAACCCUACCAUCGCAUCGCAGUCUUCUUGCUUCGAGACUUAAAUCAGAUCGGAAGAAUCUCUUCGUUUUCUCCUCUUCUUCUCUUUUCUUCAGCCCUUACCUGAUAAUUGUUUUGGACAGUUUGAAACAUGAGAAGAUACAGUCCACCAUACCAUAGUCCUCCAAGAAGAGGAUACGGUGGUCGUGGAAGAAGCCCCCCAGGUAGGGGUUAUGGUGGUGGUGGUGGCGGCGGCGGCGGCGGUGGCGGGUAUGGAAGACGAAGGGAGCAGCCCCAUGGUAGCCUUUUGGUUAGAAAUAUUCCUAUGGAUUGCAGGCCAGAGGAGCUUAGAGCACCAUUUGAGAGGUUUGGACUUGUUCGAGAUGUGUAUAUUCCAAAGGACUAUUACACAGGUGAGCCUCGAGGAUUUGCGUUUGUGGAGUUUGUUGAUCCUUAUGAGGCUUCUGAAGCUCAGUACCAUAUGAAUGGGAAAAAAUUUGCUGGUAGGGAGAUUACUGUGGUCCUUGCAGCAGAGUCAAGGAAGAGGCCAGAACAGAUGCGCCAAAGGAGUAGAAGGGGACCAUCGGGCUAUGGUGGACGCCGUUCUCAUUAUGGUAGUAUGGGACGUUCUAGAUCUCGUUCAAUAUCCAGAUCACGCUCCCCCCGCCAUCCAUCGGGUUCAAGAAGUAGAUACCGAUCAAGGUCCUACUCUCCUGCUCCGAGAUGGCGAGGUGACUAUUCUGUUUCCCCUAGUAGAAGGCAUGCAGAUUACCCCGAGUCACCCAGAGGUCCUCGUGAGCGAGAUGCUGAGAGGAAUCGACAAGUAUAUUCUCCCGGUUAUGAUAAUGCUGAUGACCACAAUCACAAUGGAAAUGGAUAUCAUGACAAGUCUGCAUUUGAAGGGGAGGAUGCACGAGCUAAUUGGAGGUCUUCUCCUGGUAGAACAUCAAGAUCCCCUUCGGGGUCUCGAUCCCGCUCUGCUGAUGCGUCCCCCAGGCAUGGUAGAUGAUUUUCCUUUGAGAAAACAUGGUAGUAGGUGACGUAAACCAUCGUGUUUCUAAUAUUCAACAUUUGUUACUAUAUCCACUAUCCAGAAAAAGUUAUUAGAUUGUAUUUUGUAAGCUGUUCCUGGUGUGUUCGGAUUUUCUAGACAGGGAAUUUUCUUUGCUCUCAUUUGAAGUUAAUUAUUAUGUUUGACCAUCCACCUCUUGCUAC